AUGGCCCAAGAAACGGGCAUCUUCUCGGUGCGCCGCCCGCGCGAAACCCUCGGCGGCCUCAGCAACAACGCCUCCGCGAUCCCCAUGCCCUCCUCAGCAAUGAAGCGCACCAACUCCAUGUCCAACAUGCAAGCGCCCUUCGCCUCGAACCACAUGCGCUCAACCUCCGGCUCCCGCAUGUCUCUCGCGCCCGGCCGCCCCUCCCAGCCCGUCUUCCAGCGCUCGUCCUCCGGCAACAACCUCGCAGAGAUGGGCUUCGCGUCCGUAAACCGCAACUCCGUCUCCAACAACCCCUUCAGCACCGGCGGCCGCAAAAGCUACGCGCCCGGCGCUGCCGUGACGCCCGCAUCGGCGCUGCACCUCGAGAGCGCGAGCACGCAGCGCAGGAGCAGCGUAUGGAGCUCUGGCCGCGCAUCAGGAAUACCGGGGGGCGCGCACCAGUCGUUCUUCGCGACUGCGCCGCUGCCGGCGACGGUGCCGCAGGAUCCGCGGCGGGUGAAGGAGAAUGCGUCGGUGCGGCAGCAGAUGGCGGCCGAGCUGCUGGAUUAUCUCACACACAACAACUUCGAGAUGGAGAUGAAGCACUCGCUUACGCAGAAGGCGAUGACGUCGCCGACGCAGAAGGAUUUCAAUUCCAUGUUUCAGUGGCUGUACCAUCGUAUUGAUCCAGCCUAUCGGUUUCAGAAGAAUAUUGACGCGGAGGUCCCGCCACUACUGAAGCAGCUGAGAUACCCGUUCGAGAAGAACAUCAUGAAGUCCCAAAUCGCGGCUGUAGGCGGGAACAACUGGUCCACGUUCCUGGCAUUGCUUCACUGGAUGAUGCAACUCGCCAAGCUGAUGGAGGCAUAUGCGCAAGGCGCGUACGAUCAGGCCUGUAUGGAUGUUGGAUUCGACGUCUCGGCGGACAGGAUUAUCUUCGACUUCCUAAGCAACGCGUACCGCGAGUGGUUGCAAGUCGAGGAUGACGAUGAAGACGACGCGGAAAAGGUUAUACAGCCGCACGUCGAGGCGAUGGCGGCAAAGUUCAAUGAGGCGAACAAACACCAUCUAGAGCACGUCACCAUGCUUGAGGCGGAGCAUAAGAAACUGAAAGAUGAUAUCGAGGAACUGGGCAAGAACGAACCGCGCAUCAAAGAGCUCAGUGAGAAGAUCAAGAUUAUGGAGAGUGAUGAGGUCAAGUUUAAGGAAUACAACAGCAUGAUGGAGGCCAAGGUCGAUAAGUACCAGAAGAAAAUCGAGCUGUUUGAAGAUGAGAUCAGGAAGGUCGAGAAAGAGUAUGAAGAAGCGGAACAGGAGAAGGCCAGUCUACAGGACUUGCUCGACAAGCAAGGCAUUACCAUCCAGGACGUCGACCGCAUGAACACCGAGCGGGAACGGCUGCAGAAGGGCGUCGAGUCGACCAGCUUGCGGCUCGAGGAUUCAAAGAGGAAGGUUGCGGAGAAGGAGCUGGAAGCCAACCGGAAACUCGACGAGCUUGAGCGGAUAGUGGAGAAGUACAACUCGCUGGGCUAUCAAAUCGGAAUCAUCCCUUCCACCGCGCCGAACGCCAAGGGACAAGAUUACGAGCUCGUCCUUACGAUUAACGAGGGACCAAACUUCGGCUCGUCGCAAAUGGGCAGCAGCUCGCAAGGCCCGGAAUCUGACCGCUUACUGGCUGACUCUGGCAACGGCUACCAGCCUCACCACAUCCUCAACCUGGACAUUCGGGGUAGCGUCAAGAGCAACAUCCUCGCUUUGCGGAGAGAUAUCAGUGAGAGGCGAAAUGCGGCGCUUCAAGCUGAUAUUGAGAGCCACGAUAUGCUCGACCAGGUAAAGGUCGCCAUGGAUGAAAAGCUGGCAGAUGUCGAGGCCCUAGGCCACAAGGUCCGAUUUGCGGAAGAAGAGUUCGAGAAAACCCGUGAAAUCACCACAGCUCAAAAGAUGGCAUCAGAUGCUCAGAUCGAACGCAUGGAGAAGGAGAUGGGCAAGAUGCGUUCCGGGCUCACCGAAAGCGUGCAGCUCAUGGAGCAGAGGGAAAUGAACACCAAUCUUGAAUAUGAGCAACUGACCCUCCGAGCGGCAUCACUGCGGGAAGAGCUCCAUACAGAGAUUGAACGCAUGCUGAACGACGUCAUCAAGUUCAAGGUGCAUGUUCAGAAGAGCUUGGAAGACUACGAGCAGUUUGUGGCCGAAGAGGUGGAAAAGGAGUGCGAGGAGCAGGAGAUGGUUGCGGAUGACGACAACGAUCUUGAGAUUUAA